AUGCUCCAAGGUAGCCCAGAUGUCUUUGCGCAUACGCUGCAGUUUACUGGUGAUGCUGACAAUCUUCGCGGGGGAGAGAAGGUGACCUUUGAGACCGAAUGGGACGAAAAAAAACAGAAGGCUCGAGCAGUGACUUGGAGCUUGGAUGCCUCUGCUGCUGUCAUCAUGCGAAGUGGCAUGGUGAAGAAGUACUUUUCAGACAAGGCAGGGCCUUACGGCCCCAUGGGCACGCCUGGUUGUGACCCGCGCUUUGCACCCUACGGCGCUGCAUCUAUGCAGAGCGGAAUGCAGGGUGUGAUGCCUGGAAUGGUGCCUGGCGGGAUGCCUGGCCAAAUGGGGAUGAUGCCUGGUGGGAUGCCAGGCAUGCAGGGAAUGAUGCCCGGCGGAAUGCCGGGUGGGAUGAUGUCGAACGACAUGCUUGGAGGUGAGCAGUUCGCAUUGCCUUUGGCGCAUUCCUUCGAGAACCUUGUAGGGCCUUUGUUGGAGCUAGGGCAUUAUGAUGAGGCGCAGCGCCUGCUGAUGCGACCGCGGCUGGUGCCGCGCCAGAGCCUGGAUGAAGCCUUGCAGAAAGAAAACUUGGCUGCGGCCUUCCAGGGCACUGGCCGCACAGCUGAGGCAGAGGCCCGGGCAGCUCUCGCCGUGCUGGAACAUGCCUUUCCACCUCAGGUACGUGACGUACGGCCUGCUGGUGCCAGGGCAAGGCUUGCACAAAUCCUUCACGUGCAGGGCCGCACCAGCGAGGCUGAGCCCUUGCUGCGGCAAGCCUUGGCCGACUUGGAGGCAUCUUUAGGAGUUGAUCAUCCGCAAGUCUUGAACUGCGCUAGAAACUUGGCGGUUCUGCUAAAGCAGAAGGCAGCGCCUGGUGCACUGCCUGAAGCUGAGGUUCCUCAUGGGAGGUUACCGGCAAACCCAUGA